AUGGUUUCAGUUAAAAAUAAAAUCCUGAAAAGCAAUCCGAGCGACUUAGAAAAAGAAAUUGCACAAUGCUUGGUUGAUAUAGAAUUAUCUAGUUCGUCAGAUAUAAAAAAUGAUGCGAAAGAAAUAAAGUUAUUAUCAUGUGAAUUAAUAGAAGUUGAAAAAAUAAAAAAAAAAACAAUUUUAAUAUAUAUUCCCUAUAAAAUAUAUGUUACGUAUGUAAGAAAAAUACAGAGAAAACUGAUCAAUGAAUUAGAAAAGAAAACCAAGAAAUAUGUUGUGUUAGUGGCUAAGAGGACCAUAUUAAAAGCAAAACAAAAAACAAAGUCCUUUAAAAUCAUACCAAGAUCUAGAACUUUAACAAGUGUAUAUGAUUCAGUUUUGGAAGAUAUUGUAUCACCAAGCGAAAUAAUUGGAAAGAGAAUAAGUAUGAAAGCAGACGGGAAAAGAGUGUUCAAAGUAAUGUUAGAUUCAAAAGAAAGACAAAGAGAUAACAUUGAAGAAAAACUUAUUAGUUUUGCAGCUGUAUAUAAAAAAAUUACAAGAAGAGAUACAAUAUUUUCUUUACCUCCAUCUAAUGAAAAAUGA